AUGAAGAAGGAAAAGGGUCAGCAGUUUACAGUUCAAUUCAUUCUCCUAAAUUCCUAUUUUCUUCUAGAAAAUUUUCAUGCUCAAAGUGAAACUGGUGGUAGAGUGAAAUCCACUCGAAUUUUAUUGUCAGAAACAAUUCUAAUUGAAACAUUUAUUCAGCAAUAUCUAAAUGAAUUUUCUGAAGGGAGAAUUAUGCUUGUCCAUGAAGCUUAA